AAAACCUGCAUUUCUUCUUCUCCAUUGUGCACAGCUCAAAACAUCAGCCAGCCGUUGGAGAAAACCUCUUCAAGCAAAGCGACUACCCCCACACACAACACCUUCCACAUAGUAAAAUGCUCGUUUAUCCUCCAAAUUCAUCCUCCUUCCACCGCUGAAACAACCAUUAACACGCCGCGCCACCGCCAAUACUAUAGCGUAGCAUCUAGCUACCCUUUAUAUUUCCAUUUCUCCAUGCUUUACCAAAAGCGGUACCCUAUAACAUACACCAUGCCAGUCCCAGACGCCGUUGCUCGCCACCACAUCCACCCUGUUGGUCCCAACCAGUGUUGCUCAGCCGUAGUCCAGCAGAUCGCUGCCCCAGUUUCCACCGUCUGGUCCGUCGUCCGUCGGUUUGAUAACCCCCAGGCUUACAAGCACUUCGUCAAGAGCUGUCAUGUAAUCGUUGGGGACGGUGAUGUCGGUACCCUCCGUGAAGUCCACGUCAUCUCAGGCCUACCCGCCGCGAGGAGCACCGAACGUCUCGAGAUCCUUGAUGAAGAGAGUCAUGUUCUUAGCUUCAGUGUCAUCGGUGGAGAACAUCGGUUAGCUAACUACAGGUCGGUAACGACCCUUCAUCCUUCCACAAACGGGAAUGGAACGGUGGUAGUGGAAUCUUACGUGGUGGACGUACCGCCGGGGAACACCGAAGAUGACACGUGCGUCUUCGUUGAUACCAUUGUUCGGUGUAACCUGCAGUCACUGGCUCAGAUCGCAGAGAAUCUAGCAAGCCGCAAAUAGCCAGUCUAGUCACUAAAUGGAAAUCUGGAACAUUUAGAGCCUGGGAGCUAAGGUUAAAGAGGUGCUGUUUUACUUGUGGAUAGUUAAUAACUAGGGUAAAAUGAGGUGGCGUGAAUGGUGAAAGUGGCCGUAAAAGAAAGAUGGGAAGUAACCCAGAAAUUAGGGGUUGGAGAUCAACUGCAGCGGCAGCUGCCUGUUAGAUGCAACUUGGGUGGUGAUGAUGCAUACGUAAGGCAAGUUGCAAGUUGUUUUGUUUGGUUUCAUUAUUUUAAUGGGUAAUGUAAUAUUAAAAAAAGGUGCAAGUUGCGGUCUCUUUUCUCAUAUGGUAAAGAGUAUUGAAUGGGACCUUUAUUUUUUUGAAAUUAAAAUUGCAAGUUGGGGGCUGCAAGUGGGAAGGAAGGGGAUGCUUUUUGUUUAAUGAUCCCGUGUACAAUUGUCUGCUUUUGAAUGCCUUCACGCCACCCAUCACCCAUGACUUGAGUUCCCUCCUUUUAACCCUUUGUCUUUCAUUUUAUAUUAUAUCAUUUCAUUAUUUUAGAUACAAUACGUAUAUAACCAAAUAAUUACACGUGACAUGUCAUAUUUACCUCAUUUUGAUAUAUAUAUAUGGAUCAGUUUUUACAGUAGAAAUAGAUGAAAUUUUUACAGAA